AAGGACUGGACGGUUCUCCUCAUCUACCCCUCUUCUGUGCCCCGAGGACGCCCGCGGUUUGCGCGCGCAUACAAUCAUAUAAGCUUGGUGGCUUACCCUUGGCCCGGGGUAUUUAUCCUACUUAGCGGGUGGCUUUCGUGCUGGCGCUUUUGUUUCUCUCUUCUAAAUUCCCAUCUUUCUAAACAUGUCUCCCUCGUAUCCGCUCGCGAAGGGCGUGGACAUUGUUGAUAUUCGUCAGAAUGACGUCCAGUUUUCCCUGGUAACCGAUAUCCAGAAAGGUAUCGAUCCACCGGCAGGCACCGGUCGGUCGAUGCCGACGAUGCUGCUCUACGAUGCGCAAGGUCUCAAGCUCUUCGAGGACAUCACGUACCUGGAGGAGUAUUACCUCACAAAUGCGGAGAUCGAGGUGCUAAGGACGCACGCCAAGAGAAUCGUUGAGCGCAUUCCCGACAAUGCGCAAUUGCUGGAGCUGGGUAGUGGAAAUCUGCGGAAGGUCGAAAUACUUCUCCGGGAAUUCGAAGCGGCGAGCAAAACCGUGGACUACUAUGCCUUGGAUCUGUCACUUUCCGAGUUGGAGCGCACCUUUUCUGAAGUCUCCCUCGAUCAAUACCACUAUGUCGAGUUCCAUGGCCUUCAUGGAACGUAUGAUGAUGCCCUCACCUGGCUGGAGAACCCGGCGAACCGGCAGUUGCCGACAGUGAUCAUGUCAAUGGGCUCAUCAAUAGGGAAUUUUGACCGUCUUGCUGCGGCAAACUUCCUGUCACAGUUCUCCAGGCUCUUGGGACCGUCUGACUUGAUGGUGCUUGGUUUGGAUAGCUGUACCGACUCGGACAAAGUGUACAAGGCCUACAAUGACUCGAAAGGCGUCACGCGGCAGUUCUAUGAAAACGGACUAGCUCACGCUAAUACUGUGCUUGGAUACGAAGCAUUCAAGCCCAGCGAAUGGGAGGUGGUGACUGACUAUGAUACCGUGGAGGGACGGCACCAAGCAUUCUAUGUGCCAAACCGGGACGUGACCAUAAACGGGGUAUUGAUUCCGAAGGGAGAAAAACUCAUCUUUGAAGAGGCGUUCAAGUAUGAUACCAAACAGUGCGACCAACUGUGGCACGAUGCCGGCUUGAUUGAAAAUGCGGAGUUUGGAAAUGACUCUGGAGACUAUCUCAUCCAUGUGUUGUCGUCGGCUGCUCUCAGCUUCCCAACAUCGCCUUCACAAUACGCAGCGCAAUCUAUUCCAGACUUUGAAGAGUUCCAGUCUCUAUGGACCGCGUGGGAUAUUGUCACCAAGGCGAUGGUUCCCCGAGAGGAGCUUCUCUCCAAGCCGAUCAAACUGCGAAAUGCGUUGAUCUUCUACCUUGGCCAUAUUCCUACAUUUCUUGAUGUUCACCUGACUCGAGCACUUGGUGGCAAGCCAACUCAUCCCAGGUCGUACCGACUCAUAUUCGAACGUGGAAUUGACCCCGAUGUGGAUGACCCCGAGAAGUGCCAUGCCCACAGCGAGAUUCCCGAUGAAUGGCCCGCCCUUGGAGAGAUUCUGGACUAUCAAGCGCGGGUCCGAAGUCGGGUGCGGUCCAUCUUCCAAAAGGAUAAUGUUGAGGACAGAACCCUCGGGGAAGCUCUCUGGUUAGGCUUUGAGCAUGAGGCUAUGCACCUAGAGACAUUCCUCUACAUGCUUAUUCAGAGCGACAAAAUGCUUUCCCCUCCAGGUGUGCCGCAGCCGAAUUUUGAGAAGCUCUUCCUGGACGCUCGGAAAGAGGAAAGGCCCAACGAAUGGUUCUCUAUCCCCGAGCAGACGCUGUCGAUCGGACUCGAUGACAAUGGUCACUCCGUUCCUGGAGCCUCAUUUGGAUGGGAUAACGAGAAGCCCCAGAGAACCGUUACUGUCAGGGCAUUUGAGGCUCAAGCGCGGCCUAUCACCAACGGCGAGUAUGCCAGGUAUCUACAAGCAAACCAGCUGCCCAAGAAGCCAGAGUCCUGGGUCUUGGUCAAGCCUGAGACCUACUUGGCUUCUAAUGGGGCCGGUCAAGGCAGUCGUCGUACGAAUGACUUCAUGGCGAACUUCGCCGUUCGCACCGUGUUUGGCUCUGUCCCGCUCGAGCUGGCGCAGGACUGGCCGGUUAUCGCGUCGUACGACGAACUGGCCAAGUAUGCCAAGUGGGUGGACUGCAGGAUUCCCACCUUUGAAGAGGCAAAGAGUAUCUAUGCUCAUGCAGCUCGGUUGAAAGAGACCAGCCAUGGCAUGAACGGGCACAGUGAAAGCAACGGGGUCAAUGGAAAUGGAUACACCAAGACGAACCCCUUGAGACCUUGCACCCCGGAUCACCAGCCAGUACAGUACCCUUCGCGAGAGUCCCUGCCGGUGUAUGUUGACCUUGACGAUUGCAACGUCGGGUUCAAGCACUGGCACCCUACCCCAGUCAUCCAGAACGGCGACCGACUCGCCGGGCAUGGAGAGCUGGGGGGCGUCUGGGAGUGGACCAGCACGGAGCUGACCCCCCAUGACGGGUUCGAGGCCAUGGAGAUCUACCCGGGAUAUACAUCCGAUUUCUUUGACGGAAAGCACAAUAUCAUCCUUGGAGGAUCAUGGGCCACUCAUCCCCGGGUCGCGGGACGAACCACCUUCGUCAAUUGGUACCAGCGGAACUACCCCUACCCCUGGGCAGGGGCACGGUUGGUGCGGGAUGUCUGAAUAAGAUGUAUGACGAAAAGAAAUAAACGCAUUGAUGCAAUAGUUGCAAUCCCUCAUUGCCA